AAAAAAGAAAGUGAAUAAGUACACGAUCAGAGUGUUCAUUAAUCUUUCAUGAAUGGGGGAAGAAGAAGAGACAAGAAAUACAAAUUAAUUUAGUAUUAAUGAAACUUAACAGACUUCAGAGCCCAAAGCACUAUAAAGAAGGAGCACAUAGAAGUGCAUUUGCAUUAAACAAGCUUAGGUUUUUGCUUGUUCUAGCCUCCUCUUUCAUUUCAUCAUCACCCUGCAACUCCAACAUUUUCAGCUUUCAUUUUCUUCUAGUUUCCUGACCAUUGCAUGGAGAACGAUGCUUCCGUAAUGAUUUCUAUGUUUCUGAUUAUAAUUGCACACUUUAUUGUCAUAAAAUCCUUCUUCGAAGCUUAUUAUCUCUGAUGGAAUCAGAAUCUGAAAUCCACCCACAUUCGCCUCAUCCCAACACCCACGUUAAUCUGCAUCUGCAGCACUCUUGUGGUCUUUUGACCCUUAUCCCUUCUGUUAGGCAAGACCAAACUCCUCCUAUUGGAGCUCCUGAGACUAAAAAGAAGAACCGGAGAGUUUUAAGAACAGCUCGUCAGCGCCGCCUUCAGCGGAUUAAAAUAAGCACCAGGCUUUAUCAUCGGAAGCUUAAGGCGCAGAUCGCCUAUCUUACAAGGGAAAAUGAAAGAUUAAAGGAGAUUGAAGAUCUGCGGUUGGCUGCCGGAUUGAAAGUUCAACUGAAGAGAUCCCUGAGCUCUCAUUUCUAAAGGGUGUGAUCACUUAUUAUCUAAUGGUAUACAAUAAGGUGGUGCAUAAAUAAGAGAUUAAUGAAGUUGUUAUUAAUUUCAUUUGCUUCUAUGUUCAAUGUCCAUGUUAUGACAACCAAAGGCUUGUCCUACAGUGUGACAUGUUGUUUAGUUCUUUACCAUGUUUUCCGUUUGCAGUUUAAACGAGCUUAGGUUGUUCAGUUUGCUUGACCCUUUUCUUUGUCUAUUCAUACUUGAAAAAAAAAAAACUUCUUCCUUCUAAUGCCAUUGUAUGAACUGGUUUGCUAGCUUCGAUUUAUCUCUGAAAAAAGAGAAGAUGAAGGGAACCAUGGAAAGUGCUUCUGGCUUUUGUAUUAGGAAAUCAAUAACACCUAAUUUCUUCAUCUUUGUCAUGUAUUUUCACGGCUUGGAAUAUUAAUUGUGUUAUUUUUUGGGUGUAA